AAACUGCCUGGGUGACAUUUUGUAUUAAACCUCCAGCAGCUGCUCCGUUGUGAUUUCACUUCGGACUCAAUCAUCUUGUUCAACCUGAUUCCGAUUUCCACAGCCGUCAUCAUGAAGUCUUCCCUCGUCCUACUAGCCGCCGGCGCAUCUGCUACCCCCUUGAGCAGUGCGUCCUACGCGCGGUGGUUGACCGACUCUCAGAUCCGUCGCGGUGUUACUCCAUCCUUUCAUUACAGCCAGGCCACCUUCUACACAGGCCUAGAGAACGUUUACGAACUCACGGGCAACAAGACUGUGUACAACUUUUAUCGUGACCAGGUCGACAGGCUGGUGGCUGAAAAUGGCUCCAUUGCCAGCUACACCUACUCCAAGCACUCGCUUGAUAACUACCGACUUGGAAACAACUUGCUCUGGUGGUACGAGGAGACGGGAGAGGAGAAGUUCAAGGUUGCCGCAGACGAUAUCAAGGUUCUCCUAGAUUCGCAUCCCCGAACACCAACCGGCGGGCUCUGGCACCGUGACCCUACCUACCCCAAUCAGAUGUGGCUGGACGGAAUCUUCAUGGCAGAUACAUUCUACGCCAAGUAUGUCUCGCUUUUCCAGCCGAAGAACGAGUCAGCUUGGGCUGAUGUUGCCCUGCAAUUCGACAACAUCGACAAGUGGACUCGCAAGUCCAACAACUUGUUGGUGCACGGAUACGACGAGAGCAAGGUGGCUGUCUGGGCCGACCCCGUCACUGGAGCUGCCCCUCUGGUGUGGGCACGCGCUGAUGGUUGGUACUUCAUGGCGCUGCUGGAAGUCAUCAACCUCUUCCCCAAGAGCCACCCUGCCCGUGCCAGGUUCAUCAAGUACUUCAAGGGCCAGGCUCAGGGCCUCAAGAACCACCAGGACGAGACUGGCGGCUGGUGGAACAUUAUGGACAGGCAGUACGAGGACGUCGAUGGCAACUACAUCGAGAGCAGUGCCAGUGCCAUGUUCACCUUUGGCUUCCUCCAGGGCCUGAACCAGGGAAUCCUUGACAAGAAGACCUAUGCCAGCACUGCCAAGAAGGCCUACAAGAGCCUUGUGGACAAGUUCGUCUCCUCCAACGAUGAUGGCACGAUCAACUGGGAGGGCACCGUGGAAGUUGGAAGCCUGGGAAGCAACGCCACCUUCACAUACUACUCAAGCAUUGGCCUUGUGCAGAACGACCUCCGUGGAAUCGGUCCCUUCUUGGGGGCUGCUACGGAGUGGGAGUCGCGCAAGUUCUAGAUCGCCCAUACUAAUAUUGUGUAUUCUCUUCAAGCCGCUCCGGCACUAGAUUAAUUUCUAUUUAGACUACUAACUUUAUGAGAUCCGCCCAAGUUAUGGAAUGUAUAUGAGACCUGGUCGGUAUCACCUAACGGAGCAUGUAUAUAUACUUUCCAAUAAAUCGACGUUUGCCAA